AUGAACCUGUUUCUAAGAUACACCAAAGACUCUCUAAAAAAAAGCAGUGUUGAUUCUCAGCCUCUUAAUCAUUUUAAGCACUUUAUCCCCACCGAACCAAGCAAAACAGAACUCGAAGAGCUCAUCACCGACGUUCUAAAGCCGCAACUGGGACGGAAGAGUGAGUUCAAAUGGCUUUCUCCCGACGAUCCUUGCUUUCUGCGGGCGAAAGCCAUCUGGGAGAAAUAUCAAUGGCCAGAACAGACCUUCUUCAAUUUCAGGGACUUGCUCUGUGGCUGCCGCAACAUUCCGCUCAUCGUUUUAACGAACCCGAAGAAUGAUGAUUUACCUUUCGAUGACAUGGUUACAGAGACCUCAACGCUUUCUUGGUUGAAGAAUGUCCUGCAUUCGUGCGGCUUAACUCUGGAAGAUGUCAUGAUAAUGGACCUGUUUCCUAUGUUGUCGGACAAUCGGCUGGACGCGCUUGACGAGAGCCAGAGGGAUGAUGUCGUUCAAGAAAUCUUCGGCCUUACCGUCGGCAUUCUGAGCGACAUCAAACCAUCGAUUAUUAUCUCCUGCCAGUGUUUUGCUCGGUCUCCACCAGCACGCUUCCGCUCUUUCAAUCAUCCAGUCGUUGACAGCUUGUGUUCAUCAAUGGCUAGAGCCACGGCUCAACGUGUCCUUACUGCCACUAUUGAUAACUUUGAGACGCGAGUUAUUCAAGCAUUUCAUCCCGCUAAAAUCGACUAUGAGGUCGGCGAAAAGAGUGCAGUCCUUGACAGGACGCUUCGUGAGAUAUUCAAGUUGGUCUUCAGUCCCUGUGGUGAAUGGAAGGCCAAGUUGGAAGACUUCUACACUAUUAUUAGUGAAGUCCACGCGGCCGCGUUGAAGCUUUCGGCUUUCAUCUCGACACAUGAACAAAUCCUAGUCACAGUGAAUGCAUCUCGCGGACAUAUCGAGACUAGGUCGGGCGAAUGGCCCAAGUUGAAGAAUACGCUUGCGGAACUGCUCGAUGGCAUCAGCAGGGUUGCUUCCGUCAAGACUGGAAGACUUGCCAUUACUACUACUCUGCAGGAGGAACGGUCCCAAUGCUAUUAG